AGAGAUAAGAUAACACAAGAUUGUACUCCGACGGCGGUGUUGCAAGUGUGUUAUAGCAAAUGUAGUGACUCUAAAGAUGCCAUCGAUAAUAGUAUUUUCUGUCGCAAUAUACAUCGGAGUUUUCUGUGGUGCAUCACCUAAUGCAGAGAAUCAAGGUUGUCCCGAUCUCAACAAUCAUGCAAACUGGGUAACAAUUGGACCUUAUAUUAAAGAUAUCCAGUUGAUAAUUAAUCGAGGUCGUGCGACCGUUUACUGUCAGACUGGUUAUCUCGCAUACCUUAAAAUGACAGGAAUAGUUUCCAAUCACUUCGCAAUCACGUGCAAGAAUGGGGUUUGGGAUGUCGACACUGUUUGUCGAGAAAAAGACUGCCAAGACCCACCAGUUCUACAGAAUGGCUACAUCAACGCAACAUCCACAACGUACAAUUCCACUGUCAUGUAUUCGUGUUAUCCAGGAUAUACCAUGUUCGGUGAGAGGUCCAUCACGUGCCUCGACACUGGAAACUGGAGCGGCAUGCUUGUCAACUGUGUCAUAAAGGACUGUCAAAACCCACCAAUUCUGCAGGAUGGCUACCAAAACGCAACAUCCACAACAUACAAUUCCACCGUCAUAUACUCGUGCACGCCAGGGUAUAGAAUGAUUGGUGAUAACUCCAUCACGUGCCUUGACACUGGAAACUGGAGCGAACUGCUGGCAAACUGCACAAUAAAGGACUGUAAAGACCCACCAGUACUAUGGAAUGGCUUCCGCAACGCAACAUCCACAACGUACAAUUCCACUGUCAUAUACUCGUGCAAUCCAGGUUAUACCAUGUUUGGUGAGAGCUUCAUCACGUGCCUCGACACAGGGAACUGGAGCGAACUUCUUGUCAACUGCACGAUAAAGGACUGUCAAAACCCACCAGUUCUGCAGGAUGGCUACCAAAACGCAACAUCCACAACAUACAAUUCCACUGUCAUAUACUCGUGCAAGCCAGGAUAUAGAAUGAUUGGUGAUAACUCCAUCACGUGCCUUGACACUGGAAACUGGAGCGAACUGCUGGUAAACUGCACAAUAAAGGAUUGUGGAACGCCACCCAUGCUGACUAAUGGUCAUCGAACAUUCGUUAAAUCAACCGUCAACACCACCAUAGAGUAUACCUGUAACCCAGGAUAUGACUUGAAUGGAAAACGCAAUGUCAAUUGCAUUGAAACAGGAACCUGGAGUAUAUUGGAGGCAAACUGUACCAUGAAAGAUUGCCAUAGUCCCCCAGUCCUAAAAAAUGGCUUCGUCACCGUUUCAACGACAACCUACAAUUCCACUGCCGUAUACACAUGUUCUUCUGGUUAUGACAUGCACGGACCUAACUCCAUCGCAUACCUUGCGACUGGAGAAUGGGAUAAACUUGAUGCGAACUGCACCAUCAAGGGUUGUGUCGAUCUCCAUCUUCCCGAACACUGGGAAACAAUUGGACCCAACAUUCAACAUAUCAAGAUCCUACCAAUUCCUUAUCAUGCGUUGGUGUAUUGUCAACCUGGUUAUAGCGCAUUCCUGGCUAGCCACCACACAUACUCAGAACACUUUCAAAUCACGUGCAGAGACGGUACUUGGAAAUCCCACUCGGUUUGCCAAAAGAUAGAUGCAGCACAUCUGAUCGGAUAGCAAAUCGUCUAUGACAUGGAACUGAAAUGUUGUGAUGUGGUUAAUUAAGUAUGGGUAAAAACUAACUCUGUA